AUGUCUGAGCACAGCGUCAGUGGACUUCCGAAGACCUACAAGGCCGCCCAGGUCAAGUCCAAAGGAGCCAAAUUCGAGCUUAUCGAUGUCGAGCUCAACUUGCCCGAACGUGGUCAGGUGCUCGUCAAAGUGCUCGCGUGUGGCGUCUGUCACUCGGACAUGACGACCAAGUUUGAGGCCAUUCCUGGCAUUCUCCCUCGAGUGCCCGGUCACGAGAUCAUCGGCGACAUCGUUGCGAUUCACGAGAGCGAGGAUCAUUGGAAGCUCAAUGACCGAGUAGGAUCUGGCUGGUUCGGAGGCAGCGAUGGUUCUUGCAAGCAAUGUCGUCAGGGGAGCCCCAUCAAUUGCCCCAAGCUGGCCAUCAACGGCGUCACUCGCGAUGGAGGAUAUGCUCAGUAUGUCACCCUCCGACGUGAAGCCGUCGUCAGUGUGCCAAAGGAGAUGGACCCUGCCGAGGCUGCUCCUUUAACUUGUGCUGGCAUCACUACCUACAACAGCAUGCGCAACAUGGGCGCACGACCUGGAGAUCUUGUCGCCAUUCAGGGCAUCGGCGGCCUCGGCUCGCUCGCAAUUGGCUUUGCUCGUGCGAUGGGCUUCAGUACUGUAGCACUCUCAUCGAGCUCGGCCAAGAAAGAUCUAGCUACCAAGCUUGGCGCUCAUCACUAUCUCGACUCGAGCGCAGAAUCUCAAGCAGAUGCGCUGCAGAAGCUCGGCGGCGCAAAGCUCAUCGUCUGCACCGCGCCUUCCCAGGAAGUCAUCAACACGCUCCUGCCUGCUCUCCAGCCUGGCGGUACUUUGCUCCUGCUCGCUAUCUUGCCCAGCGUCACCUUGCCCGCUCAGCAGAUGGUGGCAAAACGGUUGACAGUACGCGGCUGGCCGUCUGGCUCGCCGCCAGACUGCGAAGAUUGCAUCAACUUUGCACAAGUCGAAGGCGUCAAGCCUAUGAUCGAAAGAUACAGUCUCGAUGACGUCGAGGCAGCCUUUGAGCGCAUGUCAUCCAACAAAGCUCGCUUCCGCGCCGUUCUCAUUCCCGAUCACAACAUGAGUGCCAAGACAGAUCCAGCUGUGCAAAGGGGAUGCGAGGGUCGUGAGAUAUAG